UUCAACAAGGUCCAGCUCACCGUCACCGGGGACGCGCUUGUGCCCGAGUCGGCGUUGGUCGUGUGCAACCACCAGUCGCUUGCGGACUACUUCUUCAUGACCCUCUUGGCAGAAAGAUGUCCCGGCGGCUUGGUCCCGCAGGUCAGCUUUUUCACGUGGUACUCGGUGUGGCGGGUCCCCACGGUUCGCACGUUGCUCAAUGUAGUGCUCUGCGACGAGAACUGGGAGCUUUCCAGUCUGCUAUGCCGGUCGGCAUUCAGCCCCGUGAGGGCGUCCGAAGCCCCGCAAUGGGUGGUGCUCUUCCCCGAGGUGAAUAUCUGGACCCCCUCGGCGGCGUACCAGCAAAGAUUGCAGGCGAAGAAAUACUGUCUCCCGUACUAUGACCACACGUUGUACCCGCGGUAUCCCGGGCUUUUGAACGCCGUGGGCACACUCGGCAACAGAACCAACAUCAAGUUUGCGCGCGUCUACAACCUCACGAUCUUGUACCACAGCCGCAAACCGCCAAGCCUCUUGCAGUUGUUCGCAUCCACCGAGAAGAUCGCGGUCACCAUCGAUGUGCGAGCCAUGCGCUUGAGCAGCAUCCCCCACAGAAAAGCAAAGUUGGAGAGGUGGCUCGAAAAGACGUGGUUGGACAAAGAUCGGCAGCUU